UAGUCAAGUGGAGGGGGAGCGCGUAUCAGGUAUAUAUACCGCAACGUUCCGCCACCCAUUCAGUUUAUCCUCUGCUUGCACGAUAAAAUUUUCCAAGAUGUACAAAAUUUUACCUUUCAUCCCUGACGUUGAAUUUGCUUUGACGAAUUUACCCGUCGAGCUUUGGGCCAUCAUCUUGAGGUGUUUGGACCCUACUUCACUUCUAACUGCUGUCAGCUCCAACGACCUGUGGAAACACAUCGCCCAGGGAGAUCCUGUUUUGAGGAAGACCAUCAAGGACCAGAGGGUGUUGGAGAAACGAAGACGCCGAGAGGAGAUGCUUAAUCCAGGGCUCUUGAUAUCCUUAACCACAAGUGGACCCGGAGGAGUGUUUGGACCCAACACUACCAAAAUUGUUCGAAGACAGAUUCCAGCACGAGAACCAGUUACCACCGUGGAAAAAAGGAAACGUCGUCGAAACGAAGACGCUGGACCUCUUCGCAAAAAAAUAAUGCAAGAAUUGAAAAUAAUGAGAUGUUAAUGAAACCAUUGUAAAUAUUUUUAAUAUUUUUAUUUUUUUUUAAGUAAGAAUAUUUUUGUUACU